GCGACAUCCACCAUCCACCUUAUCUAUCACCAUUCAUUUAUCCAACAAUCAAUCACUCCUAUCAAUUCACCCCUCCUCCACAUACCAACCUACUCACACAGCCACACACCUUCACAUCGUCCCAACGGGAAAAGAAAAAGAAUAUGGCCUCCUCACAAACAACGCACCGCCUCCUCCGCGAACUAAAAGACUACACGAACUCUCCGAACGAAGCCCUCCUGCACCUCGGUCCCGUCGACGAAGACGACCUCCUCCACUGGGAAGCAGUAUUAAAAGGUGUUCCGGGGACGCCUUACGAGAAUGGUCUAUGGACCCUCUCCAUCCAAAUCCCCCCAACCUACCCCCUCACCCCGCCGAAAAUCACCUUCAAGACGAAAAUCAGCCAUCCGAAUAUCAGCUUCACCACGGGCGAGAUCUGUCUGACGUUGUUGACCACGGAGCAUUGGAGUCCGGUGUAUACCUUGAGUAGUACGUUGAGUGCGAUUCAUCAGUUGUUGACGGAUCCGAGACCCGAUUCGCCGCUUAAUGUCGAUGUGGCCGCGUUGUUGAGGGAUGGGGAUGUGGCUGCUUGGGAAAGUUUGGUGAGGUUUUGGACCGAGGAGGAGAGGGCUACUCUAUGAUUUAUUAUCUUUUCUGCAUUUGGUCGGUGGGUUGGAUGGGAUGAGGAGUGUGAUGUUGGGGUUAUGAUUAUGGGGGUGGGGGAUAUAUAUAUACGAUGAGGUUGUGGGAUUAUGUGUUGAUAAGUGUAGUUUAAUACCCAGGAGUACGAUAUGAUACGAUUAUUCACGUUCAGUUAAGUUUCA